AGUAGUAGUGGUAUAGUAGUAGAAGAACAGGAAAAGUUGUACAAGUUUUGGUCAUCAAGAAUCAUGGAAGGAUCUGAAAGAGGGUUAGCCAGCUUUGAUCUUCAAGUUAAUUCCUUCUCGAAUCCCAUCCAUGAUCAUAUGGGUUUUCCCCAUUUUCAAGAUCACCAUCAUCAUCAAAGCCAGGUUUUGAGGUUCCUACCUCCAACUCUAUCUCUUCCACAGUUAUCUCAACCACCUUUGCACACCGCCGCCACCACCACCACCACCACCUCCACCACAGCUGCUGGUAAUUUCAAUAGCGAUGCCCAUAUGGUUCAUAGAGAUUCUUGGCAUAAAGAACAGGUGGGAAGCUUGGAUCCAAAGUCUGUUAAUGAAGAAAAAUGCACAGAUGAUCAUAAUUCAUGGUGGAGGAGUUCAUCAAACCCUGAAAAGGGGAGGAUGAAAAUGAGAAGAAAGCUGAGAGAACCAAGAUUCUGUUUUCAGACAAGGAGUGAUGUUGAUGUUCUUGAUGAUGGUUACAAAUGGAGGAAAUAUGGCCAGAAAGUUGUCAAGAAUAGCCUUCACCCCAGAAGUUACUAUCGUUGUACACAUACCAAUUGUCGAGUGAAGAAAAGGGUAGAAAGAUUAUCAGAAGACUGUAGAAUGGUGAUCACGACAUAUGAAGGUCGACACAACCACUCGCCUUGUGAUGACUCGAAUUCAUCAGAACACGAAUGCUUUACUUCGUUUUAAUUAUACCUAAGCUCGAUGUUCUAUUCGAUGCUCAAGGAGUUCAUGACCAACGAAGUAUUUAAUUAGUGUUCGUGUAAAAUUUACCUAUCCGUCAAUCUUAGGUCACGAAGAUUGAGUUUAUUUAUGUAGUAGGUAAUUCUUAAAAGGUCGAUUGAUUGCAGGAACGUCAUGAAACAUUCGGCGAUAUAUUUCAUGUACAUAAAGCAAAUGCAAUUUUCCUUUUGA